AGAGUGGGAACGGCAAGUUCGCUGUAGUAAAAGUGAGCUCUCUCUGUGCGAUUAAAUCGUGUUGAUGUUGGUUUUUAGAUUUGCUAAUGUGUAUAAUGUGGUGUGUUCUUAGUUUUUACAACAUCAAACUAGUUAAACUCAUUAUGUAUGCGUAAAAAAUAUUUGUGAAAAAACUAUCAAAAUAAAGCAGAAAAUAAAUAAAUAGGGAACGAUACGGCGCGUCACCAAUGAACGGCGAGUCACGAAAAGGACUUUAAUACCUUAAACAUUAAAGUGAUAUUUGCUUGGCACUGUGAAUAUUGAUAACGGAAUUAAUAAAAAUUAUGACUCCUUGCUUAGUUGUUGACUGCUGAUCUUAAUAUAUAGGCAUGAUCAGCAGCUUGAGUAAUGAGUCAUAAUGGACUGGAGAAUUCGAAGACACUCAUACGAAUGCCGGUGAAGCCCGUUGAGGCCACGGACUUUUGAAACAGACACUAAUAUUCAAGAGCGCUACACUUAGAGUCAAGCAAAAAUCAAAGAAACGAAUAGCCUAAUCUAGCAAUAAAAACAGUCUAAGAGUAAAAUCAGUCGAAAUGGAAGAGUCCAGUAAAGAAUACUUAGAUGCAACAAAAGACGAAAAGAACGGUGACAGUGAUGUUAAUAGUGAGGAUUUAAGUUGUAGCGAUGAACAAAUUAAUGUAAAUAUGAAUAGCUCUCCUUUUUAUGAGAGCAGUGAUAGUAAAAUAGAUUAUGCUGAAAAGAUAGAUGACAACGAUACUUUAAGUGAUAUAGACGACAUCAAGACAGAUACUGCAUCGGCAGAUAGUGAGGACUCUGCGCUUGGUAGUCUCCCGUCCGACUGUGCACUGAACGAUAGAGAAGAAGAUGCGCGGGAUAGAUCUGACGGUAGUGACUCGGGACUAGGUUCAGAAAGUCCAGAUAAUGGUAAACUACCAAGCUUUAAUAUAGCACUACCUUGUCCGAUUGAACCAAGCAAUUUGCAACCGGAAAAAGACGAAGUCAAUGUUAACGCUUUUUCUAACGAUAAUAAUCAAGAAAAUGAGGACCAUAAUUCAAUUGAAGCUAUUAAAAAACCCCUAAAAAGUAGCCUUAAAAGAAAAUAUGACUGCGAACAACAUGACGAACCCCAAUUAAAGAAAAAGAAACACAAAAUACAGUUCGACAACGUAACAGUUUUCUAUUUUCCAAGGGCUCAAGGUUUCACGUGUGUGCCUUCUCAAGGAGGCUCUACUUUAGGAAUGGAGUGGGAGCAUAGCCAUAUACAUAAGUUUACAUUAGUUGAACAUGCACUAGAACAAAGGCGUUUGCAUAGACAAGUUUUACAACAGAUAAAAAGUGAACGGCAUACUUUACAAGGAGCAUCUCUGUCGUCCAGUGAAGAUAGUGAUACUGAAGAAGAAGCUAGUGAUAUAUCUGAAUCUGAGUUAGAUUUAGAUAGUUAUUAUUUCUUGCAACCGGUACCAACAAGACAGAGGCGAGCUUUAUUAAGAGCAGCUGGUGUACGAAAAAUUGAAGGCUAUGAAAAAGAUGAAUGUAGAGAUAUUAGAACAUCUCGUGAAUUCUGUGGUUGUGCUUGUAAGGGUGUUUGCAAUCCAGAUAACUGUUCUUGUAGUCUAGCUGGCAUUAAAUGUCAAGUCGAUAGACUUAAUUUUCCUUGUGGUUGUACUAGAGAUGGAUGUUGUAAUACAACUGGUAGAAUUGAGUUUAACCCUAUGAGAGUACGAACUCAUUUUAUCAAUACACUUAUGAGAAUAGGUCUUGAAAAGAAAAAUGAAGAAAAUCAAGAAGCCGCUAAAAGAAAAUGGGCUGAAGCACAUAGUGCAAACGCUUCUUGUGUGCCCACUAUACCGUAUAAUAAAGAAAACUGCCAUAAUCACGAAGAAUCUGCAAUGACUAGUUUAAAUCUACCUCCUAGAUUGGGAAUGGAAUCUUGUAUUCCAGGCAAUUUUAGUAAUAUACACCACACUUUAAAUAGUUCUAAUAGUAAUCAAAAUGAUACUUUUAAUUUUAGAGGUGAGCCCGUAGACCAUAGAAAUUUGAAAAUUAGUAACAUGAUGACUUUUGUAGAUAAAUCUGAUCAUCGAAACCAUGAUCCCUACACGUCUAAUAUUCUCCAAGGCAAAGGUCCGCCUUAUCAUGCCACUAACACGAUAGAGUAUAACACAAUGGCAAACAAUAUGCAAAGAUACCAAUGUGAUCUCAGUUACUCAUAUGAACAACAAUAUCCGGACAGUCACCACUUUAAGGGGUUGCAAAGUUUUUCUGCAGCUAGUUUCGAAGAAUUUGCACAUAAUUCACAAAUGUCUAUGCUCAAUCAUUAUGGUCACAUGUACUCAGAUUACAUGCCGAAACCAAGUACAAGCAUGCCUGAACAUACUUCGUUGCCAUACCAAUCAAUGCCGCAUAAUCAUUAUGAUAUGUAUAAAAAUAUCCCGGACUGUGAAAACACUGAUAACAAAGUGGACUCUCAUUAUACAACUUUAAUGACAAUGCCAUAUCAACAAAGCAAUAAGUUACAAGCUGUAGAGAAUGAUGAAAAUUGGUUUAGUCACAAUACACUGCUUAACUUAGAUCAUUCCGUUCAGGUCAAUGAAAGUGUCCCAAUAGUUCAAACAGAACAAGUUCAAACUUUGACUGAAGGUGAAACAAGUGACACAACUGAAAACUUUGGUGAACUUAUAAAAAAGACUAUGGUAGAGUCUGUUACAGUGUAGAUAUAUUAUUUGUUGUCGUUUAAUCAUCUCAAUGAAUUAUUACGUUACUAUGUUUUUUCAUUAUAUUAAUUGGGACUUCAAUAUUA